AUGAAGGUCAACAACCUCACUUUCAGCAUCAUUGGCUUUGCCAGCCUCGCUACUGCUCAGAAUGGCAAUGACCCGCUCAUCUUGAACAACCGCACUGGCUUAGCUCCUGUAGUGUACGACACAUUUUCCACUUCGUACACCAAGCUGCCCGUCAACGAGACCGCGGGCAACGGCUUGUCUCAGGUCUUGCCUGUCACGGCCCCGGUCACGCAGUCUCCUGUAUACGCCAACACGUUCUUCCCCAAGCCUACCACCUCAGUUCCGUGUUGGCGCGAUGGUUAUCCGUGCGGUCAAGACGGCGGCAAGCGUAUCCAGCGCCGGAUCGCGGACUUUGUUCGUGCUACGCCUGCACCCACCAUCGAAGAUGUUCCCGCUAGGACUGGCGAAGUCAGCAUCGACAUUCCUCGUUUUGUUGACAUGGCUGUAGCUCUUCGCGUCCCGCCACCAGAGUUCUUCAACUCACGCCCUGACAUUCCCGUCCCCGGUGAGACUGGCGACGCAACCAUGAACAUCCUCCCGAUUCCCACCGAGCUCAUCGACGGCACGCAGUACGACGCUCCUCCAGAACCAACCAGCACAGGUACCGCCGUGACAGACAUCCCCAGCGAGACCAGCGAAGCCAUCUUCUUCAUCCUGCCCAUCUCGACUCUCCCACCCUCCACCACUGCCCGUCCCUCACACUGGCGCGGCCCUGUCCCCUCCUACACCAUCGACUGCAACCGCCACUACUGCCCGACCAACACACGCUCCGUGUCCACCACCUCGUCCACCCCUCUUCCGACCACCCACCCCGUCAUCCCGCCCACAGAACCCUACACGACCCAACGCCCCGCCGUCCCUCCCCAGGUCACUACCCCAACAAUCAACACCCGCAACGCCGGCGUCCCAAUCGACUGGUGGCGCGGCCCCGGCCAACCCAUCGUGCCCGAUCACCACAUGGAGGCCAUCGCGCCCCGCUCGUCCGACUGCGAACUGCACUACUGUCCGUCGGGGACGUCGACUCUAGCUAGCGCGGUGCUUGGGGUCGCGACGAGCAAGACGACGUUGAGCACCGUCGUGGCGUCCACGGGUCCGGGCCACGCGUCGUUUCCGGCCGUGGUGCCUGGAGUUGCUACGGGAGGUUAA